AAUAAAUUCUCGCAAUCUCACCCGGCAGUGAUGGUCCUUGUCCUCCAGAACAGGGAUGGAGGAACUAUCCGCCCAGGAAGCAGCAGGAUCACCAGCUGUCCAGUUUCAGUCUUUGGAGAGCCUGUCUGAGGGUCUGUCCCCAGAGCCUCCGUUCGUGCAGGACACCGACAUGGAACAGGAGCUCAGUGGGGCUCCACCUGUUCCCCAGGUGCCUGCUCUUCCCCAUGAGGGAAGCCCAGGAGACCAGGCAGCUACGCUCCUGACAGCCAGGUACCAGGAGUUUGUGACAUUCGAGGAUGUGGCUGUGCACCUUACUCGAGAGGAAUGGGGAUGCCUGGACCCUGUUCAGAGGGAUCUCUACAGAGAAGUGAUGUUAGAGAAUUAUGGGAACGUGGUCUCACUGGGCAUACUUCUCCGCCUUCCUACCACCCGGAUUCAUAGUGUGAAUUCCUGCCCGGCCCUGAGUCAUACCCAGGCAAGUGCUUUCUCUGGAGAAACACUUGCAGUUCUUUCAGCAGGAAUCUCCAAGAGAUGGCCCAAGUAUCGGCUUCCCAUCGAUAUUGCUCGUCCCCGCUCGGAAACUCCUUUUCCACGAUUGUAAGAUAUUACACUUGAUUGAUGCUCUCAGGAUGCCACCACUGUGUAAAAUUGCAGCUCCUCAGAUGACCUUUGUUAAAUUUCGGAAGGGCCAAGGAGGCCCUCCGUUGCAGCCGGAUGAAUUUUGAACCUGAGUUCUGAGUUCAUUCAUAAGCCACGGUUGGUGGUCAUCUACUUGUGUUCUGAGAAACCACAAAGUUCAACUCCAGCUCCUCAUUAUGAUCUUUUCAUGUUAUUUUAGAAUGUGGAACAUAUGCUGUGCACCUCUCUUUUCUCUAGUGAAUAUGACCAGCCCCUUCUGUUGUCUGACUUUUCUGUGACCCCUGGGCUUUCCUCAUGUUUAACACUCUAGUCUUCUCCUUUAAGUCCGCAUGGCCCCCUCCAAGGCCCUGACUUUGUCCCCUUUAUUCUUUGUGGUACUAUACAGAUUGAUGCAUUUAAAUGACUUUUCCUGAUCAAGUGUUCCUUAGCUCUGUCCUUGAUGGAUGGGAAAUGGGAGGGCAAGAGUUGAAUUUCUUUAUUUCAGGGUAUCAAAUUGAAUGUAUAUUUAACAACUUUGUAAACUGUAAAGUGAUGUAAUUGUAAACUGCUGUUAAUUUUAUCUAAUAAUUACAUAAUUUCCAACAGUUAA